GACGUCGUCGUCAUCGGCAGCGGCAUCGGCGGCCUGUCCUGCGCCGGGCUCCUCGCGGCGGCGGGCAAGCGCGUCUGCGUGCUCGAGUCGCACUACGAGUUCGGCGGCUGCGCGCACGAGUACGCCGAGCUGGGCGCGGAAGCUCCGCCGACGUUCAAGUUCGAGGCGGGCCCGUCGCUCUACAGCGGCCUGUCGCCGGACGCGUCGCCGAACCCGCUGAAGCACAUCUACCAGAUGGUCGGCGAGGAGCCCGAGUGGAUCACCUACGACAAGUGGGGCGCUUAUUUACCGGAGGCGCCCGAGGGCUACGAGCUGUCGAUCGGCGCGGAGAACUUUCUAGAGAUCCUCCGGCGCUACGGCGGGCCGACGGCCGUCGCGGACUGGGAAAGAUUGGCGUCGACGCUGCGGCCGCUGGCCAAGGGCGUCAUGGGCCUGCCGUCGACGGCCGUGCGCGGCGAUUUAGGGCUGCUCGCGACGCUCGGUCUCAAGUACCCGGGGCCGCUCCUCGCCGUGCUGAAAGACUCGUCGACGAUCCUCGCGCCCUUCGACAUGGAGAGCCCGGACUCGCCCUUUCGCGUCGACGACCCGUUUCUCCGCAAUUACCUCGACCUCAUCGCCUUCCUGUUGCAGGGUUUGCCCGCCAAGGGCACGCUGACGGCCGUCAUGGCCUACAUGGUCGAGGACUUUUACCGCGAGGGCGCGGUCAUGGACUUCCCCGUGGGCGGGUCCAAGGGCCUCAUCGACGCGCUCGUGCGCGGCGUCACGAAGCGCGAGGGCUGCGACGCGCGGCGGAGCACGCGCGUGGAGAAGGUGGUGGUGGAGGGCGGCAGAGCGGUAGGGGUGGAAACGAGAAAGGGCAGGAUCUUCGCGACGGAGGCCGUGGUGUCGAACGCGGACCUGAAGAACACCUUCGACCUCGUGGACCGCGGCGUCUCCGAGGCCUUCGACGAGGAGCGGGACCGGCUUUUGAAGGACGUGCCGCUGUGCAAAAGUUUCAUGCAUGUCCACAUGGGCGUCCCGGCGCACGCGAUCCCGGACGACGCGCCGCCCCAGUGGACGGUCGUCGGGCCGACCUGGGACGGCCCCAUCGACGCGCCGGGGAAAGUGGUGGUGGUGUCCGUGCCGUCGAAGCUCGACCCGUCGCUCGCGCCCGAGGGCUACCACGUGAUCCACGCGUACGGCGCGGGCAACGAGCCCUACGAGCCCUGGGCCGCCUUCGAGACGGCGAGCGGGCGCAACGACUCGCCGGAAUAUCGCGCCUUCAAGGAGCAGCGGGCCCAGCCCGUCUUCGACGCCAUCGCGAAGCGCGCGCCCGCCGCGCUCGAGGCGGCCGUCGUCACGCAGAUCGCGAGUCCGCUGACGCACGCGCGCUACCUCAACCGCCACCGGGGCAACUACGGGCCCGCCAUCGCCGCGGGGGGCGACGUGGAGUUCCCCAAGGUGACGACGCCGCUCGAGGGCUACUUCCGCUGCGGCGACUCGACGACCGCGGGCAUCGGCGUCCCGGCCGUCGCGUCGUCGGGCGCGCAGUGCGCGAACGCGCUCCUCUCCGUC